AUGGAUGGACUUAAAGAUUGGAAACAAAAUGGAGCUCUUUGUUGGGUUGAAAGAGAGGUAAGUGAGAAUACUAAGUAGAUUUUUGAGGAGGCUGUCAUCAAUACAAAUUAUUUUAGAAAAAAUGUGCUCAUCAAAGUUUAAGAUAAAGAAGAAGAAGUAUCUUUGGAUAAAUUACACUAGAGAUCUCCUUAUGAAUAAAAUGAAGAUGAUAUGGUCAAUAUGAGAAUAUUAAAUGAUGCUGAACUUGUUAUUAACAUAUAAAAAAGAUACUAAAAUAACAAAAUAUUCACUUAUGUUGGUCCUACUCUUCUAGUCGUUAAUCCAUUUUAGUAUGUUCCAGGGUUAAAUACUGAAGAAAAAAUGAGGUUUUACCACAAUUAAAUUAUAGAAAAUUCUAAGGGUAAUGGUUCUUUAGCUAUAAAAAGCUUAGAACCACAUGUAUAUGCUAUAGCUGCAGAGUCAUUUAGAUCAUUAUUUGAUUAAGAGAAAAACUAAGCUAUUGUUAUUAGUGGUGAAUCAGGAGCAGGUAAAACUGAAAAUGCAAAGUUAUGCAUGAAAUUUUUAACAACUAGUAUAAGCUAACAUAAAUCUCCCGAAAAAGUACGUCUUAGAAAAAAAACCAUUUCUUCUUUAGGACCUCCAAUAUUAGCUAGUCCAACAUCCUCUAUGCUUAGAGAAAGCAGCAAAUCAUAGUCUAUAGAAGAAAAGAUUUUAAGUUGCAACCCUAUCUUAGAAUCUUUUGGUAAUGCGAAGACUAUUAGAAAUGAUAAUUCUAGUCGUUUUGGUAAGUAUGUAACAUUAUUCGUAGAUAUGAUUGAUACUAAGAUUAUUGGAGCAGAAAUUGCAAAUUAUUUACUUGAAAAAGUCAGAAUUAUUUAAUAGGGUGUAGAAGAAAGAAAUUUUCAUAUAUUCUAUCAUUUCUUGAAUGGUGCUAGUGUGCAGUAACUAAGCAAAUACUAUCUAGAAAUAAAUGGCAAACGCUUAUAGCCUUAGUAUUUUAGCUACUUAAAGAAUCAAAAUAUAGAAGUAAAAUCUAUUGAUGACUGUAAGCUUUACGAAGAAGUAGUUAAUGCUUUAGAUGUAUUAGAAUUAAAUGAAUUUGCAGAUUCUAUAUGGAGGAUACUAGCUGCUAUUUUGCAUUUGGGAAAUUUACAAUUUAAAUAAUCUUAAAUAAACAAAGAUUAAUUUGAAGUUUCUGAUAAGCAGCAAAUAUAAAUUAUCUCUAAUCUACUUGGAAUUUAAGCUGAGGAACUUGAAAGAGAGCUAACAAUUAAAUAAUUUAAAGUUUAAGGAGAAGGAUUUGCCAAGGAAUUGAGCUUACCAGAAUGUUAAAAUUAAAGAGAUUCAAUAGCAAAAGAGCUUUAUGAUAGACUUUUUAAUUGGCUAGUGAACUAACUAAACAGGACGAUAAUGCCAAAAGACAUUUCAAAAUAGCAAAUUUUAUCAUCAAAUUUAUACAAAUCAAUAGGUUUAUUGGAUAUAUAUGGAUUUGAGGUAUUCUAAAAAAACGGUUUUGAAUAAUUCUUUAUCAAUUACACAAAUGAGAGACUUCACUAAUUAUAUAUUUCAUACGUCUUUAAGGCAGAAGAGUUAACAUUUAAGGAAGAAAGACUUGAGUAGUAUUUUAAAAAGCUUGAUUUUAAAGAUAAUUAAGAUGUUAUAGAUGUGUUAGAUAAUAAUGAUAGGCAGAAGCCUCUUGGUAUUUUUAAGUUGUUAGAAGAUAAAUGUAAACAAAAAGGAACUAUAAUAGAUGCUAAAUUACUUUCAGACAUUUAAAAAUAGCAUGGAGAUAAAGAAAUUUACAUUAAAAAUCCAAAUUAUAAAUUUAAAAAUCCAAAGAAAAUAAAUGACUCAACAUUUAUAAUUAUACAUACUGCAAAGGAGGUUGAAUAUGAUAUUAAAGGAUUUAUAGAAAAAAAUAAAGAUGAGGUCAAUGAAGGUUUAAUAAAUAAAAUAAAUAAUUCAUAAAUAAGAGGAAUCAGUUAAAUCAUAAGCGAAAAGGAUAAAGAAUUAUUAGAUGAAAGCACAGCAUCAUAAUAAGUUAAAAUGAGAUAAAUAAGUUAAAAAUUUAUAUCUGAAAUGUCAUUUCUUAUGGAUGUACUGAUGUAAUGUAAUGUCUAAUUUAUUAGAUGCAUAAAGCCAAAUGAAGAGAAAAAACCAUAGUUAUUUAAUCAGGGUUUUACUUUAAAUUAAAUUCGUUACUUAGGUGUAUUGGAGUCAAUUAACAUCAGAAAGCAAAGUUAUCCAAUAAGAUAAAGCUAUGAAUCAUUUUUUAAUAAAUAUUCACUCUUGAUGCUAAACAAGUUAAAUAUUUAAGAUUAAAUAAAUAAAAAAAGUCUUGUUGAAGAAUUGUUUAGAAAAAAUUUCAGUUCAAUACCAAAAGAGAACAGAUUAUUUGGGGUAACAAAAAUUUUUUUCAAAAACUAUGAAGUUCUGCAAUAAAUUGAAGAUAUAUACAAUAAAGAAAUUUCGAAUAUACGCAAUUUAGUUCUUAGAAUUGAAAGUAUAUAAUUGUUGUUUCUUCUUAAAAGAAAAAGAGCUUCUGAAAUAAUUUAAAGUUACUGCUUUUAGAAAACAGCUAUCUCUUAUUAUGAGCAAGCGAUGGAAAAUAUAAAAAAAAUAUAAUUCCAUUGGAGAGCAGCUUAUUAGAGACUUAGAGAAGUUAGAAGUAAAAGAAUCAAAAAUACUUAUAUUAUAAAGGAAGUUUUGAAUAAAGCUUGGUAAAAAAUAUUUACCAGAUCAGUUACGACAAUAGUUGAAAAGACAAAAAAGCUAGUAAGAUGCUAUUACUUAAAGUAGAUGUUUUCAAAACAACUCUAUGAAAUAAGAACAAAAAAAGCAGCUGUUAUUUUUCUGAAACUUUUAAAAGGAAACUUUGUUAGAAAAAGAAUAAAAAGGUUUAAUUUAGCUGCAUAGAAGAUACAAGCCAAAGUUAAGUAGAUUUGGCUUACUGAAUUAUAUUAAAAAUUGAGAAAAGCAAUAAUUAUUAUUUAAAGAAAUGCUAGAAUAUUUAUCAUAAGAAAAAGAGAAAGGAAUUAAAGAAAUGCAGAAUUUUUAGGACCAUUAGAAUAAAAUCUAAAAAGAAUACGUAUUUCUGAAGAAUUGCUUCUAUUUAAUGGUUAGUCUAAAGUUAUUGAUUAAAACACUUCUUUAUAAAAUGAGAUAUUCCGUCUAGACAAGAGUUUAGAAAAUGUUUUAGAAAAAUCACAUGAGCACUUCUUUUAGUAGAGAAUGUAUUUGUUUAGUUAUGUCAUUGAUUUUGAAAUAUUAUCUGAUACAAGCGAAAUUUAUGAUCCUUUGUGGUCAUCUUUAUACCAAGCUUCGUUUAAGGAUAACUACGAUAAACAGUCAUAUAUCUAGCACAUUUCAAUAGGAGAUACUCACAGCUUAACCUGUAGCUUAAGCAGUAAGAUUCAUACUUGGGGAUGGAACGAUUUUGGGUAACUGGGAGUACCAAUUGUAGAUGAAGACGAUCCUAACCAAGAAUAAAACGUUUAUACUGGUACAUCAAUUUACUCGAUGAAUGUCCCUCCUUAAAUUAAAAGAAUUGCACAAAUUUCUUCUGGUAGUAAUCAUUCUUUGCUACUUGAUCACAGAGGGUAAAUAUGGUCUUGGGGUUGCAACAACAGAGGAUAAUUGGGACUGAAUCAUUAUGAAAAUAUGGAAACACCGUAAAAGAUUACAUAUCUAAUGAAUCCCAAAACCGAGUUUUGCAAAGUUGAGUGCAGAGAUGAUGAAAACUAUGCUAUCACAAAAAGUGGUUAACUAUUUCACUGGCCCACUCUAGGAAUGUAAGGUGAGUGUGUGAAUUACCCCCUUGAGGUAGUCAUACCUAAAAUAACCAUUAAAGAUGUGAGCUGUGGCCAUAAAUUUGUAAUGAUUUUAAGUAACUCUGGGCUUUUAUUUAGUUAUGGAGAAAACAAAGAAGGCUAAUUAGGAUUAGGAGAUCUGAAUCCAAGAAAAAUACCUACUCUAGUUUACUGUUUGAGAGAUGCUGGAGAGAAAAUAAGCUAAAUAGAUUGCGGAUUUAAGCACACAAUAUGCAAAACAUCUUUAGGUAAGGUUUAUACUUGGGGAUGGGGAGGAAGAGGAUAACUAGGACAUGGAACAACAAAUAAUGAAAUAUACCCAAGAAUUUUGUCAUUUUCUAAUUUGGCCAAAGAUAAAUAGACUCCAACGUUAUUUAAAGAUAAAUGCCUGCAGGUAGUGGCAGGACAUAGAUGCUCGAUGCUUUUAAUGGAAAGCAGGAAAAUUUAUCAAUUUGGCUCCAAUUCAUCAUUAGAUCAUUAAUCUUUCCCAGUUGAAUUUAAUAUCAGAUCGAAAAGCGACAAAUUAAGCUAGAAUUUUUAUGAGCCGAUCAGAAUCCAAUCUUCAUGGAGUAAAACAUUAAGCUUAAUAUAUGUUACUUAUGGAAAUACAAAAAAUUGUUUUGAAAAAAAUACUGUCCUAAAAACAAAAACAAUAAAUAAUCUAACUUAAAAAUGGGCUGAUACAAACAUAGAUACAAUUGACCCUCCAUUUAUAGAAAAGAUAGCAAACUAUAUUUCAGAGAAAAAUAUGAAAAUGCCUUUGUUUAAAAUGCCUACGAUGCAGUUCGAAUCCAAAAUUAAAUAUAAUUAACUUAAACACGAACUUAUCGAGGCUGAUUAAAUGAAUAAAAUUGAAAUAGAGUAUAUGAAUGCCUUGCAAUACGAAUAAUAAGAAAUUUAUAAUCAAAACCAUCUAAGCUAAGGCAAUCAUUUAUUAAUUGAAGAUCCUUAACUCACUUACUAAAACAGGUAAGUAUUAGAAGAAAUUAAUUUCUAAAGAGAAAACUGGGAGGAAUUUUAAUCAUUGGGUUUGGCACAAAGCACAAAAGACAGUUUAGUUGAUCUUAACUAUGAAGAAUAUUUUAGAAAUUAGCAAGAAUUAUAAUAGAGAAUUAUCUAAGAACAACAAUAAUAAUUAUAAUAAGAAGAGGAAAACAGGGCUAUAAUAAACUCUUAGAAACUGAGUUAAAAGAAAUAAUACCCAUCUUAUAAAAAGUCAAACACUACAUAAUAUCAAGUCGUAGAAAUACCUGAAAGCAAGUCAAAUGCAAGUAUAUCUAAUAAUUCUAUUAAUAAUAGUAAGAGACUUGAUCAAAAAAGUAUUAACGACACACUAUCUAAGGCCUCUUCAUCAUCUUUUAAUAAUAAAUAAAAAAGCAGUAGUAAUUAGUCCUCAUAAAAUAUAAAAAAUUCAUCAGUUGUGCAAUAAGCUAAUUAAUAAAGUUUAUCAUUUUUUGAAUAGCAAGGAAACUUAGAUAGGAGAUAAAUGUUAUAAAUAGUAAAGGAAAAAGUGCUACAAUUAUCUAAAGUACCUGAAAAUGAAUGGACAGAAAAUGAUAGAAAAUUUAUGUAAGGAGCAAUGCAAUUAAGUUAAUUUGACUUUGAUAAUGCUUCUGAAAAUAACUUAUCUAAAUCAUAAGAUAAUAGUUCAAUUAAUAAUAGUCAGGCAAGCUAAAGAAUGGAAUAAAUACCUACUGAUAAAGCAUAGUAAAAUAACAGGGCUAGUAUCAGCUCAAAUUCUUCUAAAAAAAGUGCAAUCUCUCAAAAAAGUUAAAAUCAACAAGAAAAAAAUUAAAAGUAAUAAAUAAAUCCUCAGCUUAUUAAUGUCAAAAAGAAAUGGGAUGAAAUCAGAAACACUCCAUAAUAGCAGUGGACAUAAAAUGACUAUCAAUUUAUGGAAAUUGUAAAGGCAAAUAACUUAGAAAAAGUUUUAUUAGAAUUUGAUUGA